AUGGCUCUUGGUGGUAGAGUGUCGAUAACAGACUCAGUUAUCAUCGUCCUGGUCUACAUAGAGACAGUGUUAGCAUUGUCGUUGAGAUUGGUACCACAGCCCAUUAAGACCUUGCUUUCAUGGUUGAUUAAUUUGAGAGGUGGUUACGAUGACUCCUCCAUUGAGCAAAGGAUAAGAAGGGCCCCAACGAUUCAUGAGAUGUGUGCGGUAUUUGACAUUAAGGUCGAGGAUCAUUUGGUAAGGACAGAGGAUGAUUAUAUCUUGACUUUGCACCACAUAAGGCCGAAAAUGGGGAAAUUUAAUGGGAAAGUCGCAUACCUGCACCAUGGUUUAUUGAUGUGCUCCGACGUUUGGGUUUGCAACAUUGAGAAACAAAAAAAUUUACCUUUUGUACUUCACGAGCUUGGGUUCGAUGUUUGGUUAGGUAAUAAUAGGGGUAAUAAGUAUUCUACUGCACACUUGAAUCUUUUGCCCAAGGAUAAAAAAUUUUGGGAUUUCUCUAUCGAUGAAUUUGCAUUUUUUGAUAUCCCAAAUUCAAUUCAAUUUGUGUUGGACCGUACCAGAGUCGAUCAACUGAUAUGUAUUGGUUUCUCGCAGGGUUCCGCCCAAAUGUUCGCUGCUUUCUCCAUAAGCGAGGAGUUGAAUAUGAAAGUAUCCCAAUUCAUUGCGAUCGCGCCCGCGAUGACACCUAAGGGACUUCACAAUCGUAUCGUCGAUACGCUGGUGAAAGCAUCACCAGGGCUCAUGUAUUUGUUUUUCGGUAGUAGGAUAGUACUACCAACCGCCGUGCUAUGGCAGCGGACUUUACACCCAAAACUCUUCAACUUUAUGGUAGAUUUUGGUAAUCGGUUCUUGUUUAACUGGAAAGCUUUAAACAUCACAACAAGACAAAAAUUGGCUUCUUAUUCGAAACUUUAUUCAACGACAAGUGUAAAGUCAAUUGUGCAUUGGUUCCAAAUACUGCAAUCUCAAAAGUUCCAGGUAUUUGAAGCCUCGGAUGAUAUAAUAAAUUCCUUUUACAGACCAUAUCAAAUUGCCACAUUUCCAACAAGAACCAAUAUCAGAAUUCCAAUUUUAUUAAUUUACGGUGGUACUGAUUCUCUAGUAGAUAUCAAUGUCAUGAAGCAAAAUCUGCCGGCAAACACCGUCUUUGACAUCAAAGUGGAGGAUCACGAUCAUUUGGAUCUGCUAUGGGGUCACAAUGUCGACGCGCUGGUCAUUGCCAGGGUCAUUAAAUUCAUUCAAUUUUUUGAUGAACCAUUUGAGUUACCCCUGGUCGAUUACGACAAGGACAUCAUCCGUCUGGACUCGCCACCAAACGCCGUUACGUCCUCACUUACAAUGAACGAUGAAGAUAGAGGUCUGCCCCCAUUUAAAAAAGAUGAUUACUCAGACGAUGAAUCAAUUUAUCUGGAGAGCAGCGAACAGCUUGAGGAUGAAAGACAGCACAAGAAGGAUCGAAAGCUGUUGAGCGAACUAUUUCUCAACAGCUUCCGAGCAUGA